AUGGGUGUUAGGGAUGAUGAGGCCAAGAAACGUUUGCAAAAGGUUGGGUAUGAACAAGUAGUAGAGAGAGAGGAUUGGAAAUUAGAAGCCGGGAAAAGAUACUUCUUGACCAGGAAUCAUUCAACCAUUGUUGCUUUUGCUAUUGUCGGUGCGCAUACUGAUAGCCCUUGUCUAAAAUUGAAGCCUGUUUCCGAGGUAAAAAAAGCCGGUUAUCUGGAGGUGGGUGUGCAAACGUAUGGAGGUGGUUUGUGGCAUACAUGGUUUGAUCGCGACUUGACAGUUGCAGGAAGGGCGAUGAUAAGAGAGGAGAAGGGUGGUUCUGUUUCCUAUUCACAUCGGCUAGUUAGAAUUGAAGAGCCUAUAAUGCGUGUCCCUACCCUGGCAAGUCACUUAGACAGGGGUGUUAAUGAUGGAUUCAAGGUCAACACACAGAGUCAUCUUUUACCUGUCCUGGCAACAUCAGUUAAGGUGGAGCUCAAUAAAGAGUUUGCUGAAAACGGUUUGGCUGAAAAGACAACAAACAAAUCAAGACAUCAUGCAUUCCUGUUACAGGUUUGA